AUGUCCUCUCCAGACGAGCGCCCGAGCGGCCCAUCGUCCAGAAAGGCGAGAAAGGAGGCAAAGCGCCAGCAGGCGAAACGGGCGUGCGACCGGUGCAGGCAGCAGAAAGCUCGUUGCAGCGCUUUGGCCGGCCCUGGAAGUCGGUGCUCGAACUGCGAGCUCGCCGACGCGGAGUGCACGUUUUUGUAUGUGAAGAAACAGCGAAUACCAAGGAACUCCCAGGCAUAUGUUAAUCACCUCGAGAAUCGUAUCAAGACCAUCGAGGGAUUUCUGCGGAAGGCGUUGCCCGAUGUGGACAUUCACGAAGGCCUGCUGCUUCCCGAGAGUCGCACCAAUGCGGAAGGCAUGGCUGCCGUGGCUCAACCUGCCUACCCCCAGCUAUCUACCUGUGCUCCCUUGACGCAAGACCGACCCAGCGUGGCGACGACCCCGGAAGAGCCCGAGCCCAGCGACGACGACUAUCAAUACAGAUUACCUGCGCUAGAGGCCAAGCUCCAACACCUUUCCAUCCAGCACUACUACACUGCUUGGUUGGGUAAAUCUAGCGAGGCAAACUUGGUUAAGCAAGCUGUAGAGGCCAGGUCAGAGUACUCGGCGGAGCAGAAAGGGAGCAAUAGUUUCUCAUUCCGACUGAGGGCCGACUUUUGGAAGCCGUUCCCAUGGGAACACGUUGGCCCAGAAGUCAGAUUGAAAAAAUAUGACUUUCCCGCACCUGAUCUUCUUUCAGAUCUCGUAGCACUGUACUUCAAGCACACGAACCUCCUUGCGCCUCUCUUCCACCGUCCCACGUUUGAUCGAUCUGUCGCGGAUGGUUUACAUCAUCAGAACGACGGGUUCGCUCGAGUCUUGCUUCUGGUUUGUGCUGUCGGAGCGAAAUUCUCAGAUGACCCGAGAGUGCUGCUCGAGGGGAUGAGUGACUGGCAUUCCGCAGGGCACAAGUGGUACUCGCAGGUUGAGGUGUCCCCGGUCUGGGGGCAAGGAACGGCGACCUUGUACGAUCUGCAGAUGCACGCUGUUGCGGUCGUGUACCUUUGGGGCUCCCCGACGCAGGCUUGUUGGAUCACGGCUGGUGUGGGGCUUAGAUUGGCUGUGGACGUGGGAGCGCACAGGAAAAGAUUCUACAAGCCGCAGCCUACAGUCCAAGAUGAGCUGUGGAAAAGAGCCUUCUGGGUCCUCCUUUCCAUAGACGUGAUGAUGAGCUUUGUUUUUGGUCGGCCGUGUGCCAUACAGGAAGAAGAAUAUGAUGUCGACCCUCCCAUAGAGUGCGACGACGAGUAUUGGUGUCCAUCGGAUCCCGCGCAGGCUUUCAAGCAGCCACAGGGGAAGCCUUGUGCAGUGACAUUUUUCAUCAUGAUGAUGAAGUUGGCACAAGUCCAGUCUUGUGCGAUUCGAACCAUCUACGCGACGGGAAAAUCAAAAGCAAUGCUUGGCUUCCAAGGGCCGGAAUGGGAACAACGCGUUGUUUCCAAACUUGAUGCCGAACUGAACAAGUGGCUAAACUCUAUCCCCGAGUAUUUGCGUUGGGAGAUUGCACCCGAGGGUGACUACUCGGUGCAGUCCGCGGUCCUAUACUGCGAGUUCUACAUCCUCAAGAUCCUAAUUCACCGGCCGUUUUUCUCUGCCCCCGUACCCCCGACGCCUCUUUCGCUUUCGUCCCUUGCGGUCUGUACUAAUGCGGCAAAGUCAUGUAUACGUGUGAUCACCGUAGCUCGAGAGAAACAGAGCGGGGCGGCAACGCCACCAUUCGCACAGCAUGCGGCAUUUCUUUCGGCGAUUGCUCUGUGGGUUAGCAUCUGUGCCAUGAAGCGCUACGGUUCGUCGAUAGACGCUGCGGAAGAGAUCAAGGUGAUUUAUCCAUGUGUCGAAAUCCUCACGGAGGCGGAGGGGAGAUGGCAUCUUACGGGUAGGCUACGAGACAUCCUGGUUGAUAUCGUUUCCGAUGUGCUGCCAAAAUCCUUCGCCUUAUCGGGGAAAGAGCGAGAGGUAGUCGACAGUGACGCGCUCUCGAGGCAGGCCCCGCUGUUCUUGGGUUCUGGAGCCAAAGUUCCCACUUUUCAAGCGACCACGAUGCAUUCGGGAUCGAAUCCGCCUCAGCAGAAUGGGACAAGGAUGUGGACGGGUUUGACGGUGCCGUCGACCUUCAAGUUCUCUCCUUCCGCAAUUCAGUCUGUCGACAGUGGCCGACAAACUGUCCCCGCCGCCUUCCAGUCCACAGACCUUCUUCUGCCAAACCAAAUGUUCAACAUCGCCGGGCUCCGGCCCGCCCCUUCGCUUCUGACGGCGGGCACCGCAUGGGACGGCCUUGCACCCCCACAGCACUCGCUUCCCACUCCGAUGCACGACUUUGCAAGUCUGGAAACCGAGCUGACAAACGCGCUCACAAUAAGUUCGCUGCCAGUGCCAGGCUCGCUGAGAUUUGCGUCCUCCGAGGCUUACCCUCUGCAUCCCUCCGCCCCUUCUUCCAACAUGGACAUCCUCCAUGCUGCGCCCCUGCCGGGCGAGUACACGUAUCCGGUGCUGGAUCCUUCCACCCUCGGAUCCUGGCCUGGCCCUGGAAUCCAGGGUAUGGUGCCCGUGGAAGGGGAGAUGUCCUCUAUGUGGGACCCUAUGCCGUCCAGUUUCGGGCUGGACGAUUGGGAUAUGUACUUGCAAAAUCACCACCAAGGGCAGGAAGGCCCCGGCGCCCAAGAGCCGUAGAGAACCCCCCCCACGUCGUUCGUCGAAAAGGCAUACUGAUACUGGACCCAAUAUAGAUUUUGGUACAUCGUGUUCUAUUCUAUCCGAUCCCUCAUGUUGUUUGUAGAGUGCGAUAGUCGCUUGGGCGCACGUAGACUGUAAUAUCAUAACCGGUUCGUAUAGACUUGUCCUCUAGACAAUACAGCCAGCUUGAAUGUCGUCGGUAUAGAACUUGGAGGCCAGGGAGAAAUUGUGAAGAACAGCAUCUACCUC